AUGCCACAACGAGUUGAGACCACUAGAUGGAGUGCUCGAGGAGACGCUAAUGAAGCUUUUGUACGCGGUUAUAAAUCAAUCAGAGAUACUUUAUUAGAUAUAUCUCAAAAUACUAAGUACGAUACGAAAACUCGAUGCGAAGCUUCAGGUCUUCAUAAAAACAUGUGUCGUUUAGAAACUGGGAUCAUGGCGUCGCUUUGGAAUGAUAUUCUUCAAAACUUGAAUAAAACUAGCAGCACGAUUCAAAAUCCCAGAAUACUGUUGAAUACCGCAAUUGCAUGCAUAAAAUCAUUAAAAGAAUACGUCGCAGAAAAACGAGAUAACUUUCCACACUAUGAGGAUUUAGGAAAAAAACUAACUGAAAUAACGGAAUAUCAAAGCAAACGUAUUCGAAAGAGAAAUGUUCGUUUAAACUCUUCUAAUGAUCCUGAAACACCAGAAGUUGAAUUUUCAGUGUCUGAAUCAUUUCGUAUCUCUCAAUAUCUUCCAAUAAUAGAUGCUUUUAUCAACGCUUUGAAUCAAAGAAUAGGAGCAUACGAAGAAAUUGAAUCGAGAUUUGGAUUUUUAUCUAAGCUCGAUGAAUUAAGUCAUGCCGGAAUUACCGAAAGUUUUCAACGGUUGAUACGUAUUUAUUCCAAUGAUUUAGAUUCUGGUCUUGAAGAAGAAUUAUUACAAUUUCGAAAUUUUUGUUUACAUUUACUGAAACUCGAUUCGAACAUGAGUAAAGAACAAGCAAUGUACUCAUUGAUUAUUGACAAAGGAGUUCGCGAAUCUUUUCCAAAUGUUGAAAUGGUCCUAAGAAUAUAUCUAACUUUAAUGAUAUGUAACGUGACCGGUGAAAGAUCAUUUUCUAAAUAA